AAAGAAAAAUUUUUUUUUGAAAAUUGCGUAGGUUUAAUGAAGGUUUUAUUAGCAAUCAAAUCUCCUGAAAUCUAAAAUAGAACCCAAAAAAUUCAUCAUAAGCAACAAUAAAAAGUGAAUAAUUCACUUUGUUCAGAGUUAUUUCAGGUUUUGAAUAAAGGUGGUUUAAAAGCGAGGGUUGUCACGUGACAUUUUUGUCUGCAGCAUCACAUCAUCAGCUGCAUAAACAGCUGGAUUCUGUUCUGCAGACUGCUGAAAGCCUCGGUGAAGGUUUGUCUAUGAUUCUAUCAGGGAAUCGGUUCACAUCUGAAGGUCCUGACAGACUGUCAGUUCUGAUGAGUCCAGUCUGAUCUGAACCAGAACACGAAGAAAAUCUGCUUCCUGGAAAACCUGAACCUGAAGGUUGCUGGUGUUUAACCAUUAUGACACAUCCAUAACUAUUAGACGAAAAUACAACGAACGACGAAAAAAUAUUUUCCAAAAAAAAAAAAAAAACACGCAAAGGUAGAAACCUAAAAAACGAACAGGAAACAUAUUUCAGUCAGAGUGAUUCUUCUUUGAAAUAUACGAGCUUUGUUAAAGCCCGAGUGCGCAUGUGCGCUAAAGUUCCGCGGUUUCAGUCAGAGCCAUAUGUCUGCACACGGAGACGAUCUUUGCAGCCACCAUCAGCAGUUUGAAGCCGCUUUCAGCCAUUUUCCACCUGAACGCGACCCGCGUGACCGGGUCCGGGACCGAGAUCACGACCCGCGGGGGCUGCACGUGAGGACGCAGGAUGCCAGCAGCCUCCGAACCGAACCGGGACAAACAGCAGCAGUGAAGCAUCAUGGGAGUUAGCAGAUGGACAAGAGAGCUGUGGGCUGGCCAGUGACACACACAUGCACACUCAUGCACACACCAUGGAUCAAGGAUUCAGCUUAAACACUCUGAAGAAGCUGGCAGCUGAGCCAGACUACACUGACGUGUCGCUGACUGCGGUGGAGCGCGUUCGAGCGCUAACAAAGAUGGGACGCUGUGUAGAGAUAAACGAGGACAUAGCGCCCCGGCGAUACUUCCGCUCAGGGAUGGAAAUGGAGCAAAUGGCGGCGGUUUACUUGGAGGAGGGCAGCCUGGAGAACGCAUAUGUUCUUUACAACAAGUUCAUCACACUUUUUGUAGAGAAGCUGCCCAGCCACAAAGACUACCAGCAGUGUUCAGCCAUCCCUGAAAAGCAGUUCAUCAUGAAGAAACUCCAGGAGGAAGCGUUUCCUCGUAAAGAUGAACUGAAGAAACGUCUGCAGGAGAAAUACAGCUGGGAACAUGGCGAGUAUCUCAGAGCGCAGAGCCCAUCGGUGGUGGUGGAUGGAUGUGGCCAGCAGUUGCAGCAGCUCUCCCUGCUGGAUGAGGACAGGAGGCGUGUCCUUAUGCUGGAGGAGGAGAAACAGCGAGUUGCCGCCCUCCGACGCAUGCAGAUUGAGUCGGAACAGUUUCGAUACUUUGAGGACCAGCUGAAGCGCCAGGAGCUGGCCAAUAAGAAAGAAGAGGAGGCGGAGCAAAAGAUGGCAGCCAAAGUGCCUGAAGUCACAGACGGAUCCUGUCUGUCCCAUCAACCAAUCAAGAGGCGCCUAAAACCACAGGGGGCAGACCUAAAUAGGAACAGACACCCUGCUCCUGUCAGUCAACCAGCCGCCACACUGGCGAGCAUUCAUGGUCAGAGGGUGGAGGGUCUGAGGCGGGUGGUGAUUCCCAGAGAUUUGACGUUCCGUUUCCUCCAGCUUGCCGACUCCAACACAGCCAGGGGAAUAGAGACCUGCGGCGUCCUCUGUGGGCGGCUGACCCACAAUGAGUUUGUGCUGACUCAUGUUGUGGUUCCAAAACAGUCGGCCGGUCCAGAUUUUUGCGACAUGGAGAACGUGGAGGAGCUUUUCAGCUUCCAGGACCAACAGAAACUGCUGACUCUGGGUUGGAUCCAUACCCAUCCCACACAGACGGCCUUCCUCUCCAGCGUCGACCUCCACACUCACUGCUCGUAUCAGCUGAUGCUGCCAGAGGCCAUUGCCAUUGUCUGCGCCCCGAAGCACAACGAUGUGGGCAUGUUCAGGCUGACCAGCGCCGGCAUGUCUGAGGUUUCCGGCUGCAGACUCAAAGGUUUUCAUCCUCACUCCAAGGAGCCUCCUCUCUUCACGGUGUGUAAACACGUGGUUCUCAGAGACUCCAAACUCAGCCUGCUGGACCUCAGGUGACAGGCUGCAGGACAUCUGGGCUCUUCUCUUCAGAGAAAACUGUGAAGCUGCUGCCUGUCUGAGUGUGCGUCUGUGUUUCUAAUGUUUACAGGAAGUGUCAGUGUUGAGUGUUUCCUCCUGUUCACGCUGUGUUCAUGGACCUAGAAGAGACAGAGUGCCUUCUUAGAUGAAUGUUUCUGAGCCCAGUGAACUUUGACCUGGCGUCGCGUUUUAUUACAUUCCUUUGAAGAAAACUUGAAACUUUUUUAAACUGAUCAAAAGCAGUAACUUUUCUGAAGUGUCUUCAAUGAAAAGAGGGUUUAAAAUGUCAUAUGCCUCAUCCAGCAACAUCUGCAGAAACGCUGAAUCAUUCUGUGUAAACAACCGUCUCAGUUAAAACACUCCGUACCGCUUCGCACAGAAUAAACUGUUGAAUUGACCAUUUAUAAAAAAGAAAGAAAGCAGUUUGGGAUUUUUGAUGAUCGGGUGAUGCUGUGUUUGUUUAGCACCCGACACUCAAAGGUGAGGAAACGUUUGCUCAGAGGGCUUUUGAAGAACAACCCGUCCGCCUCUGAUUGUGUGGGACAGAAGCUUUUACUGUGAAAGGGUUGUUCUGCUGAAAAAAAGUUCCAGCUGAAUUUUAAAAAAAAAUCUCAGUUUUGUUGUUUUACAGACAAAACAGUUUAAAAAAAAUCUAAUUAUUAUGCAGUUGAACAUUUUGGGUGAUUUUGAGCUCAAUUUUGCAGUGAACUUGUUUUUAAUUACUGUAAAAAUGUUUAUUUCAAUGUAAAAUUGCUAAAUUUUAGGUGAAAAAUUUUCCUCAGUGAAGCUCAGUUUAAUUGCAGGAACAUUUCAUUUAAUGUACACACCAAAGCUCAGGUUAAUGUACAGUCAAACUGCUUUCAUUUCCAGUGGAACGUGAUCAGAUAUUCUGUGAAGCUCAGUUUUGUUUGCUGUGAAACAUGAGGUACUUUGCAUCCGUUUACUUUGAAGUCAGUUUUCUUUGCUGUGAAACUUGUUGAAGCUGCUGAACAGAUCAGAAGAUUCCUGUUGACUUUGGAUCUUCAAACUCUGUGACAUCCAUGAGCAGAUUUCCCAGAGUACCCAAGUUCAGGGUUUUGGGUUUCCGAACAGAUUGUGUUUCUCUGAUUUGUGAAUAAAAAGUGAUUUUGUUGAAUUCCAUUAUGAUGAAGUCUUUUCAUGUGUUUGGUUUACUAACAGUGAAAUACUCUGCAGACGUUUUUAUUCAUAAAAUGUGUGUGUAUGUUAAACUGCGUUGGCUUUUAUUUAUAUUCUGUUUACAUAAACGUAAAGCCUGCUGGUCAGCAGGGGGCGGAGCCUGCUCUGACCAGGUUUUCAUCCGACUGCUGCCUCUAUUGUCAGACCAGAUGCUUGAUGUGAAGGUUGAGUUUUUUUUGAUGGAUGCCAGCGAUCUUGGUUUGAUGUUCUUGUGUUCAGCUGUUUGCAUCUAAGCUGCUGUUUUUGAAAUAAAACCCAACUGUUGCUGCAAACUU